AUGAGCCGCGCGGAUACUAAUCUUACUUCUCGAAAAGAUUUUCAGCAUAAAAUAUCGGAGUUCAAGAAAGCGAGAGAUAACCGUGCCUACCGAGUAUAUGGCCAGCUGGAACCAACAGUGAUCAAUGAGGAGCUCCUCACCUACGCCUGCUUUGCUGAGGGUCCUAAAGGAGAGGCCGGUCGGCUGGCGGAGAUCGAGGGAAUCGCUUUCGACUCGGUCAAAACGUUGACCCUUUCCUACCAAAAUAUACUCACUAUUGGAGGUUUAAAUCAGUUCACUAGUUUGACGGAACUUCGUCUCGAUAAUAACAUUGUCGAAAAGAUCGAGGGGCUUGAUAUGCUCGUGAAUUUAGUUCGACUGGAUCUCUCUUUCAAUAACUUAAGAAAGAUUGAAAAUAUGGAAAAUCUUGUCAACUUGGAGGAUCUGAGCCUCUUUCAUAACGCCAUCGAAAAAAUCGAAAACCUGGAUAAAAACAAAAAACUGCGCUACCUUGCUCUCGGCAGUAAUAGUGUUGAGGAUCUAAAAAAUAUUCUCUAUCUUCGACGGUUCAAGAAACUCGACUGCCUCUCUCUAGCAGAUAAUCCAAUAAGCAGUCAUUCGGAAUAUGAUCAGUACAUUUUCGCCUUUUUGCCUCACUUGAAAUACCUUGACUACAAGAAUAUUCUCCCGGAAUGGAGAGCCGAAGCCUAUGAGAAGUACCAGAUGGCGGUGGACCAAAUGGUGGAACAGCAGUUGGAGGAGGAGAGACAGGACCAAAAGAAGGAGGAGGAGCGCGUUUUCAUGGAGGGAUGUCGGGCUGCCUCCAUUGAUAAAAUCUAUGGGGAUGCUCUCUUCAAGGCCAUCUUUGAAAAGGACACCGAUGGACGACAACUUUGUCAAGUGCCGUCGAUUGAGGAACUCGUUGAACAAUAUCCUUUUGCUGAGCCAUUGAUAUUAUUCCACUGGUUUCCUAAUGAGUGCACAUACAGAGAGAAAGUAAUCGACGCCUGCAAGCAGCUCUUCAUCUCGGGUCAGGAGGAGUACCAAAAGCGUCUGGAGGAGGAAAAAGCCUUGCGCGAUUGUAUCAGUGGAGCGAAGGAGGACUCCAAGGCCAGGGCUCUCACAUCCAUUCACGCCUACGAGAUCAAAAAGAACGAGAUUUUAGCAAAGCUUGACGAGAUCCAAAUGGAUGCCCUCCCAGUGCUGACUGAAUCCCUGCUCUGCGACCUUCGUCGGCACAUCCAUGAUCUCUGGAACGAUUUGAUGACCAAUGAGAUUGCCCUGGUUGAUCAAAUCGAAGAUGUUGUAAAUGAAUUUGAUCGGAAUUUGGAGGAAAAGGUGUCUUCAUUUUGCGAAACAGUUCAGGUUUGCUUCUCAAAGGUUCGUGAAUCUGCUCUGACAUUUAACGAGAGACUUGCUGAGCUAACACUCACCUACACCGAAAGGAUAGCCAAGACAGAUGGGCCGCAAGAUGAAAAUUAUGCGAUAUAUGCAGAUCGCGAAUUUGUGGUUAAUGCUCUAAGUAACUCGAAGGAGACCCAUGUGAAUGUUAUUGACCUUACUGAAGAGGGAAUACUAAAGUCCAUCCGUUCAUGGUUCAGUGAACUGAUGGACGACAUACACGAGAAGGACGAGAACACGCGACACACAAAUCGAGUGACGGAAAUUAAUCUUUACAUUGACUCGCAGCGGGUGGACUUGGAGACCUUGGAUCUUGCUUUGAUAUAG